AGUGGUGUUAGAGUGUGAGUCUAAAGGCUGGUAUCCAGAGCCUGAGGUGUUGUGGCUGGACGGUGAGGGAAACCUCCUCUCUGCUGGACCUACAGAGACAGUCAGAGGUCCUGAUGACCUCUAUACUGUCAGCAGCAGAGUGACUGUGGAGAAGAGACACAGCAACAGCUUCACCUGUAGAGUCCGACAGAACAAAACCAACCAGGCCAGAGAAGCACACAUCAACACUGCAGUCCUGUCCUGGGUGGAGAUCAGUAUCCUGGCUCUGGGCCUGAUCGCCAUGUUACUGGCUCUUGCACUCCAAACAUAUUUAUGUAUACUAAGGAAAGAACACCUCCAAAGAGGAGACUCUCAGAAGACUGAGAUGAUGCAGCUACAGCAGGAAGCAGCUCCAACCUGACAGGAGCUGCAGAUGGCACUGUCUCAGUCUGAUCAUGGUGGUAAAGGACGGCAGAGAGCUGAGUGUGGCAGGUGGAGGUGAGGGCAGUUUGGUAGAAACAGCGCUGCCUGCAGGUGGAACCCAGGUGGUGCUGUUGGUUCAGGCCGGUGGGAUGAGGCAGGUGCAGGAUCAGCAGGUCUGAGGCUGUUUUCUCCGCGUGGUGUUGGGUUUGGAUGUGUGUGUUACUCAGAGACAAACAGACCGAUGCAGCAGGUGUUUUACAGUUUCAUGUUUUGAUGUUUGUUGUACGAAGUGUUUUCUCUGCACAGCAGCAGACCUGCACCUGUUAGCUGUAGGUUUAUUCCACAGGUGUGGGGCCUGUUCAUGUUUGAGUUGUUUGUUUGUCACUGACUUCAUAUCAAAGCUCAGUCAGGUCAGGGUUAAAGUGUCAUUUAAUUAUUUUUUAAAAUCUGUGGGAUAGUUAAAGUUUAUUUGUUCAGAUCAACCAAUCAUAGCCCUAGCUGGUGGUGAUGUCACCUCCAAUCUCCCAUCUCAGUGAUGGGAGAUUGGAGGUGACACUUCCUGUGUGCAAAAUAGUUUCAAGUGACUUUUGUGUUCAUACAUAUAUAUAACCUGGUAAAGGUCAAGUUUCACUCAUCAAAACUUUAUUACUGUUAGUGAAAUGGUUGAUAAUUAACAGUAAUAAGAUGAUGAUUGUACAUAUGCUGUGGAUAAAAAUAAAGACUGAGCUUGUGAGCUGUCGGUGAAACGUCGUGCGUACUUCCUCAUUUUACACCAUUUGGGUCUCUAACACUCAGCUCAUCACAUCGUUUCUCAGAGGAUGAAGUUUCCUUUCUUCAAUCUGCAGAUUUUCAGAAAUCAGGAUUCUUCAUUCAGUGAUGGAGUCCAGUGAUAGAGUGUCUGUCAGUGCCGUCACUGCUCUGUUUCUCCAUCACAUGUUCAUUCAUCUCAUGCUUUCUUAUGAAGCUCACUUUGCAGAACAGCCACAGUUGAUUUGUUCACAUCAACCAAACAUAGCCCAGCCUGGUGAUGAUGUCAUUCUCUCAUGUCGCCUUGAUCCUCCCAUCAGUGCCAGUUCUGAGACAGUGGAGUGGACCAGACCAGGUCUGGACCCAGAGUAUGUCCAUGUUCACCAAGAUGGACGACUGUUGCAUCAGAUUCAAAAUCCAUCUUACUCUCGUCGAACGAGACUGUUUGUGGAUGAACUGGAACAUGGAAACGUCUCCAUGAAAAUCUUCAAAGUGAAACUGUCUGAUGAAGGAACAUACAGAUGUUUUAUUCCCUCAGUACAGAAAGAAGCUUCUGUCCAGCUCCUUGUUGGUUCAGUCUCUGUAACUGUCAUAGAGGAGACUUCAGGUGAAAGUGGAGAAGUGGUGUUAGACUGUAAGUCUAAAGGCUGGUAUCCAGAGCCUGAGGUGUUGUGGCUGGACGGUGAGGGAAACCUCCUCUCUGCUGGACCUACAGAGACAGUCAGAGGUCCUGAUGACCUCUAUACUGUCAGCAGCAGAGUGACUGUGGAGAAGAGACACAGCAACAGCUUCACCUGUAGAGUCCAACAGAACAAAACCAACCAGACCAGAGAGAGAACCAUAUAUCUUCUAGAUGAAAUCACGGUUGCCACUGGAGUUCCUGCUCACUGGAUUGUUCUGACUGUGAUCACCGUUUUUAUUUUAUUGUUUUUAAUUUUUGCAUGUUUGAUGAAACGAAAGCAAUAACAAAGAAUUUACCUUCAUAUGAUCUCAGCAGACCACAUAGGACAUCUGUGCUUGAGGUCCUCUGCUACUGUUGCUCUGCUUAAACCUCUAGAACCUUCUUUUAACCCACAUGGAGCUACAUACAGAAGAAUAUCAGAUUAUCUCUACACCACAACAGCUGCAGCUCUUUCUCUUCUUUUACCAAUGUGAUAAUUACAUUUUACUUACUUUGUCUUUCAUAAUGAUAACAUUAUACUGCAUUUGAUCAUGAUAUAAUGAACUUAUCUUUGUGUAAUUCUGUUGAAUUAAUCUUAUUUAUUAUAACUGUUAUUAUAACUGUACUAACUGUCUUUGUAUUCAUAUAUAAACCCAGAAACGUGUACAGUGAAUAAAAUGUUGUCAUUUACCCCGUUA